AUGCUUCCGCGGGACAAUGUAGUUAGUGACUCAAGUUAUAGCGAGAAGGAGAGCGAUGAUUUCUGGCUAAUCGGUACUCAGAGUGUCGAGGCCGCAGUCCAAGAGCUUGGGCGGGAUUAUCUUACAUCGGGAGUUGGAGACGAAACGAUUCUGGAUGAGGAGCGUCCUGCAGUUCGGGCAGAACCCCGAAGUCCCCGGCCUCGGCCACCUAAGUUGAAAGUUGCCACUCCUCGUCGAGCUAGUAUGAAAACGAUGCGUCGUCGGUACAUGGAUGCGCUUGACCAGCCCUUGACGGAUGGUCGUGUGACGACGCUCCCAAAUAUGAUCCCGGAGCCAGGAGGUGUGUUGGGGUUCCAUGAGUCAACGGGCGCGAGAAGAUUGGGGCACGUACUACAUAGCGAAUGUCCGCGUCCUACUCCGUUUAUAUGGUCGUUAUGGGGCAUUAUAAGUAAACUCUGCCUGCCGCGAGAUUAUGUACCGUACACGGUUGAGACUGUCUCAAUGGUAUUGCGAGAUCCGAGUCUGGACGUGGAAAAUAUUAAAUUGUAUGCAUAUGAGACUCGCACGUAUCCUAGCAUGGGCCGAAAGAAUAACAAUAAUGACCUCCUACAUAGGGGUCCAGCAAGUAGAGCUUCAGGAAACAAACGUCCAGCAAAGAGAUCGCAAGGACGCAGAAGUAAGGAUGUGAGCAAGAACGAAGACGUGGACGACGACGCGUGGGAUGAUGGCCCUACCCAUAGUCAGGCAACAAGUCGGCCCUUGGUCAACGGUCCUAUCCGUCGAAGGCUGACGCAGCGCAGGGAAUUGGCAAGAGUUAUCUCUAUGAGGAAGGACAUGCUCAAGAUGGAAUUGAGUCGGAGGGAGUUGCCGUCCGAGUUGCUACGACGAGAUUACACUCAUACAUUAGCGAAUCGAGUACUUGACAUCCGGGACUCAUUGAGUGAGCGUUUUCCAACAUAUGGGUCAACCAAGCCUAGUCACUUCCGCUUGUUAAAGGUUCUAGGUUCCCUAUUGGGCAUGUUUCUAUUGGGUAUGCUGGGAGGCCUUAUGUUGUUCAGGCCCAUGGUUGUGUUCGACCAAGUAGAGUUUGAUUCAACAAUUAUAAAGCUCGAGUACGACUCGCCGUCGAACUGGACUUUGGAGGGAUCGUUUGGUGGUUCUUUAAUGGCUUACAACCGUGCCAGCGUUGCGGCACAACUGGAAUUGGUUCCUUCCCAUAUUACAGCGGAAUGUCAGCAACUUAAAGGACCAUUGUUCUCGAGAACGUCUGCCUUAUUGCUCCCUGCAAACCGCAAGCCCAUCGUAGAAGUUGACGUCAGCAAUGACUUUUCCCCCGAGCUCGUUGAGCGUGUCCUUCAACGCCACCUUCAACGCCACCUUCAACGCCACCUUCAACGCCACUUGCAAGAGGAACGGGUGGAUAUUCGGCAAAGAAACUACGACUGGGAUCUGCCCCUGGGAGCCGCGCAAAAGAACCAAGUGGAAAAAAGCCAGGCGGAAUACGCAACUAGAGGCGACGAGGACGACGACGACAGUGCAGGUGCCGACUCUACCGGAAGUCGCGACGGGCUGCCCACCCAGUUGCGUUCCAUCAACACUACUCAAGUUUCUUUGAAGAACGACAGCACCAUCGUGGACCGAGCCUUGGCGGGUAGUGGCGUACUGGCCUAUGUGAAUAUCGGGGUUCCCGAGCACUUCGAUCGACGUCCCAUGAGGUUGUGUUACGUGGACUGGAAUGUGAACGUUCUCAGUCUGCCUAUGAAAGAUCGCCGCAGCAUUUUCCUUUCCUGUUCGUACUCCCUGAAUCAAACCGUACCAGUGCCUCCUUUCCGCACCUCAAAAUGCUCCUUCGAGGGCGGCGACCCAUACCUCGUCACCGGCACUCUCAAAGACAUUACGCGCACGCAAGUGUACCGGGAUUAUGUGCGCGAGCACACACUCGAAAACACGACCAAUGAAACGGCAGGUAACACCAACACGACCACGCUGACGGACGGAACCAACACGACGACGUUGACGGACGGAACCAACACGACGACGUUGACGGACGGAACCAACACGAGGAUGUUGACGGACGUUGGUACGCGCUCCAGUGGCCGUGGCGUCGGUUGCAAGCGGGGGUACGAGGUCGUAGGUUGUGGCAACCGCUUGACAACGAGGUCGUUUGCGGAGAUUGAGCCGACGAUCGUGAUUCAGGAUUUGAAAAACGCGUGCGAGAAGUUUGGUCACCUUUGGUUAACGUUGACGAUCGAGAGUGGGUUUGUAUGGUAUCCUGGAGGAGGUCACGCUCUGCCAUCCCUCACAUUGCCACCUCGCGCGGUGGCUUGUGUCCUAAUUAAUUAA